AAAUUCGUGCAGUGAUCCAUACGUGUGUCAUCCUGGCAGGUCUCCGAUGAUAAGUGAAAAAUUGGGUGCUCUCGUAAAUUGUAUAUUUAAAAUCAGUAUUAAACCAAAUUAUCGUCUUUGUUGUAAAAUGAGUAGCAGUGUUCAUACUAUUUCAAACGAAGGCAUAGUUCAACCCGAUAAUGAAACAUGGAUAUUUGGUUACGGCUCACUGGUUUGGAAGGCAGACUUUCCGUAUGAAGAAAAACGAACAGGCUACAUCAAGGGAUACAUAAGGAGAUUUUUCCAAAACAGCAUAGAUCAUAGAGGCACCCAUGAAAAUCCUGGUCGUGUGGUCACACUUAUUCAUUCGGAGAACCCUGAUGCAAAGGUAUGGGGUAUGGGAUAUAAGAUAGCAGAAAGCAAUAAAACUGAUGUCCUUAAUCAUCUGGACCAUCGAGAAAAGAAUGGUUAUGAACGACAUAAGGUUGUAUUCUAUCCCUACCCUGUGAGCGAGACACAGUCCAACGAACCGAAAAGUAUAUUGCUCUAUCUGGCCACAAAGGAGAAUCCGUCUUUUGCCGGAGAGAACGAUAGUUUGGAGAAAAUUGCCAACCAAAUCCUCGGGGCAGCUGGUGAAAGCGGAAGAAAUGUUGAAUAUGUGUUUAAGCUUGCAGAUGCCAUGAGGCAACUCUACCCUGGAGAGGAUGACGACCAUCUGUUUGAACUAGAACGGAUUCUCAAAACUCACGAUCCCAACGCUUGUGAUAGCAGACCUCAGCUAAUGAAGGAAGGAUAAGGUGUUGAGAUGAAAAAAAAGAUGAAUAAAUUUAAAUAUGAUGCACAUA